GGAGCGCGCCCGCCGCCCGCCGCCCGCCGCCCGCUGCCCGCCGCGGCCACCGCUACAAUGUCAAGCGGAGACACGUCACCAGGACAAUGAAGUCGUACCAGAAGCUGACGACAACGGUGCCGCAGGUGGCAGCGUGCCGGGCGGAGGAAGAAGAGGCUGCCCCGCUGCCUGCCGGCCGUGGGAAGCUGGCCCCGUGGUGGGUGGGCAGUGGAUUGCUGGUAGCCGCCGUGCUGCUGAGCUCCAUCACCGUCUGGGUGCUGCAGCAAGUGUCAAGGGGCUGGCCUGGACCUGUGCCACCUCCCAAAUGCCUCCUGGUACCUGAAAGCCACCGCUUUGACUGCUACCCAGAACGGCAAGUGGUGGUGACCCAGCAGCUCUGUGAAAGCCGAGGAUGCUGCUUCAUCGAGACGCCCCCACCAACCAGGGGCAAGCAGGGGGUUCCCUGGUGCUUCUACCCCCCCGACUUCCCCAGCUACACCCUGGAGAGCCUCAACCAGACAGCACUGGGCAUGGUGGGAUUGCUGGUGCGGAAGCAGAAGGCUUAUUAUCCGCAAGACAUUGAGAUGCUGAGGUUAGAUGUGGAGUUUGAGACGGACACACGGCUGCACAUCAAGAUAACAGAUGCAGCCAACCCACGGUAUGAGGUUCCCCUUGAUGUUCCCCGGUCAAUGAAGAAAGCAGAAAACCCCAUCUACAGCCUGGACUUCUCCCAGGACCCCUUUGGGGUGCUGCUGCGGCGCAAGACGACAGGGACAGUGCUGCUCAACACCACUGUGGCCCCCUUGAUCUUCGCUGACCAGUUUCUCCAGAUAUCCACAUUGCUCCCGUCCCAGUUCCUCUACGGGCUAGGGGAGCACCGCGGUUCUCUCCUGCACAGCCUAGAUUGGAACACCCUCACGCUCUGGGCCCGUGAUGUCCCUCCCACGGAAUCAUUCAACCUCUACGGUGCUCACCCCUUCUACCUGCUGAUGGAGGAGGGUGGAGAUGCUCACGGGGUUUUCCUCCUCAACAGCAACGCAAUGGAGGUGGCCCUGCAACCUGCUCCGGGCCUGACCUGGAGGACCAUUGGCGGGGUGCUGGAUUUUUACAUCUUCCUGGGACCAGAUCCCAACAUGGUCAUCCAGCAGUACCAGCAGGUGAUAGGUUUCCCGGCCAUGCCUCCCCUCUGGGCACUCGGCUUCCACCUCUGCCGCUGGGGCUACGGGUCCAGCAAUGAGACCUGGCAGACUGUGAGAGCCAUGAGGAACUACCAGAUCCCCCAGGAUGCACAGUGGAAUGACAUCGAUUACAUGGAUGGGUACCGGGACUUCACCUUUGAUCCCCAGAAAUUUGCCUCCCUGCCCUCACUGGUGGAAGACCUCCACAAACACAGACAGCACUACGUGAUGAUCUUGGAUCCUGGCAUCAGCAGCACCAGGCCUCAUGGCUCCUACUGGCCUUUCGAUGAAGGCUUGAGACGGGGCUUGUUCCUCAACACCACCCAAGGGCAGCCGCUCAUCGGGCAGGUCUGGCCUGGCUUCACCGCCUUCCCAGACUUCUCCAACCCAGACACACACCAGUGGUGGCUGGAGAACCUGCAGCGUGUCCAUGCCCACGUGCCCUUCGACGGUCUCUGGAUUGACAUGAAUGAACCAUCCAACUUCAUGGAUGGAUCUGAAGAUGGCUGCCCCCCAGGAGAGCUCGACAGCCCACCCUACAUGCCAGCUGUGCUGGGUGAGUCCCUCUUUGCAAAGACAGUGUGUGCCUCAGCGAAGCAGAAAGCCUCUGUGCACUACAACCUCCACAACCUCUAUGGGCUGAUGGAAGCCAAAGCCACAGCAAGCGCCUUGAUCCGGAUCCGGGGGAAGCGCCCCUUCAUCAUCUCUCGCUCCACCUUCCCCAGCCAGGGCCGGUACUCGGGGCACUGGCUGGGAGACAACCGGAGCCAGUGGAAGGACAUGUAUUACUCCAUCCCAGGGCUGCUGAGCUUCAGCCUAUUUGGCAUCCCGCUGGUGGGAGCAGACAUCUGCGGCUUCUCUGGCAGCACCUCGGAGGAGCUGUGCACCCGCUGGAUGCAGCUUGGAGCCUUCUACCCCUUCGCUCGCAACCACAACACCCAGAACGAGAAGGCUCAGGACCCAACAGUGUUCAGCCCUGCAGCGAGGACAGCCAUGAAGGACGUGCUGCUGAUCCGCUACUCCCUCCUGCCCUUCCUCUACACCCUUUUCCACCGUGCUCACCUGCAAGGGGACACUGUUGCCCGGCCCGUGUUCUUUGAGUUCCCCCGGGAUUCAGCCACCUUGGGGCUGGAUAGGCAGUUCCUGUGGGGCCGGGGCCUGCUGGUGACGCCAGUGCUGGAGCCUGGGGUGAACUCGGUCACAGGCUAUGUCCCCCGAGGCGUGUGGUACGACUUCUACACGGGCUCCUCAGUCAACAGCAGCGGGGAGAUGCUGAACAUGUUGGCCCCUCUGGAGCACCUCAACUUGCAUGUCCGUGAGGGUUCCAUCCUGCCCACCCAGAAACCAGGGACCACCAGCGUGGUAACCCGAGGGAAUCCCCUGCUCCUCAUUGUGGCCUUGUCCCAGAGUGCUACUGCCUGGGGGGACCUCUUCUGGGAUGACGGAGAGAGCCUGGACACCUUUGAGCGGGGCAGCUACUUUUACCUGGUGUUCAAUGCCACACAGAAUAACUUCACCUCCACCGUACUCCAUGCCGGCACUGAGGCCCCCAAGGUCACCAUUGGCACGCUGAGGAUCCUUGGGGUGCAGGAGCGGCCCAGUAAGGUCCUUCUGAAUGGCCAGGCAAAGACCUUCUCCUAUCUGGACAAUCAGGUUCUCACUGUGAGUGACCUUGGCCUCGGCCUCAACCAGGGCUUCUCCCUGCAGUGGCUGUGAGUGAGAGGCCACAGGGUCACCCCAACCUCACCAAGAUCGCUUGUCCAGGAGAUGCUUUGUGCUGCAGCCCUCGAGGCCGGGAUGUCACCGUGGAGGAGGCAGUGGGGACUGUCCCCUGCUGCUGUGCAGCUCCCUCCAGCACAGCUGGAGAUAAAGGGACGUGGGGCAGGCUGCUGGGUGCCCCCUGUGUGCUCCUGGGUGGGCGGUGUGGGUCAAGGUGUGGGUACCCGUGGUUCCUGCUGCAAUAAAGGCACGUGUAGAG